UAGGCGGUACUGCUUAAGCAUCCAGACAGAGCACAUAGAAACGCAUAGUGAAACCAAGUUCUGUCUUCUAGAAUGGCUAACUAUAUCCACGUACCCGCCUGUGCCCCUGCUGUUCCCAAAUUAGAUAUUACCGUAGAUGAUAAAGAUAUCAGUGCAGGAGCAAUCAAACUGAUCAAGGAACUGAGACCCAGUUGGGAUCCGUCAGAGGUCAAAAUGAAGCUUUUCACAGAUGGCAUUACUAACAAGCUCAUUGGCUGUUAUGUUGGCGAGGGGAUGGAGGACGUAGUCCUGGUAAGGAUAUAUGGCAACAAGACUGAGCUUUUUGUGGAUCGUAAGAAUGAAGUGAAGAGCUUUCGUGUGCUGCAUGCUCACAACUGUGCACCCCCUCUCUACUGCACUUUCAACAAUGGCCUGUGCUAUCAGUUCAUGCAUGGGACUGCCCUUGACCCAGAAGACAUCCGCCAACCAGAGCUUUUCAGGCUAAUAGCCAGACAGUUGGCCAAAUUCCACGCUAUUCAUGCUCACAACGGCUGGGUCCCAAAGUCCAACUUGUGGAUGAAGAUGGAGAAGUAUUUUUCCCUUGCCCCUACCGAGUUUGAGGACAAAGCAGUAAACCAUAGAUUCCUAAAAGAAGUCCCUAGUUCUCAAGACUUGCGGCAUGAGAUGGCCUGGAUGAAGGAAUGUCUCUCAGGUCUGGGUUCCCCUGUGGUUUUCUGUCACAAUGACCUCUUGUGCAAAAACAUUAUCUUCAAUGAGAAAGGUAAUGUAAAGUUCAUUGACUAUGAAUAUGCUGGCUACAACUACCAGGGCUUUGAUAUUGGGAACCAUUUUAAUGAGUUUGCAGGUAUAAAUGAGGUGGACUACAGCCGCUACCCCAGCAAGGAGCUGCAAAUGCAAUGGCUGAAAGCCUACCUUGAAAGUUACAAAGAAUACAAAGGCCAGGGUUCUCAGGUCUCGGAGGAAGAAGUGGAGGUUCUUUAUGUUCAAGUCAAUCAGUUUGCUCUUGCUUCUCACUUCUUCUGGGGACUGUGGGCUUUGAUCCAAGCUAAAUACUCAACUAUCGACUUUGAUUUCCUUGGGUAUGCAAUUGUCCGCUUUAAUCAGUAUAUCAAAAUGAAGCCAGAAGUGACAGCCUUAAACUUCCCAUAAUAAACCAUCCUCAAUCAGAAAGUCAUCAAGUGAAUCAUCACAGAAGAAACAAUGGUGUGCAUGUUGGCUCUCCGUGGACCCUAGAUAAGCAGUUGCUCGACACGACCCAUCUUUGCUGAAAACAUUAAUGCAUCAGCUUAGACCUAGCACCAUUUUAUCUACAAGGUGGAAGGCAGAUUGACGUGCUGUAAAAUCACGAGGGUGUUUUGGAUCACUUCGUCAAUAUAUGUUCUACAGGGAGAUGUGAAUUAUUUAUAAUUUAAGGCUGUAUUUUUUUCAUGGUUAUCACAGAUUUCACAAUUUCUGUGAAAAUUGUUGUAUAAUAACUGUAGAGAAAAAUGAUCCAUUUUCAAUGUAACAACACUAUUUUCUCUGCUUUUAAUAAAUAUUAUGUUUAACCGUGAAAUCUAUUUUUAGAUCUCCAGUGUAAAAUAGAUAAACAGAAGUCCAAAUAGUCAGACCACAUUCAAACCCAAUACAUUGAGCUUGCACAAAAAUACAUUCUUUACAUAUUCUGUUAUUUAGGAGCAACUUCUGACAAAGUUUCAGCAACUUGGUAUUUGCUGUCUUCCCAGAUUACCACCCAAGUUCAAGAUUUUGGGACCAAAUGUUUUCUUUGUGUAUAUGUAUUGUUUGAUUGUGUGGAAGUGGUGAUGGUUCAAAUAUUGCAAUUAACUGUAAACAGAAAACCUGUUUGUUUUCAGAAAGAUUAAAAAUAAAGGAACUUAUUACAUUA